AUGAGUUUCAGAGAAGACAGCGGCGAUGGAAGGGAGCUUCAGAAACCGUUCCUUCAUACGGGAAGUUGGUAUAAAAUGGGUUCCAGACAAUCCAGCGUUGCGGGCUCCUCCACUACCCAGGUUUUGCGCGAUGGUUCAGUUUCUGUUCUCUUCUGUGUCCUCAUCGCUGCUUUGGGUCCCAUUCAAUUCGGUUUCACGUGUGGAUAUUCUUCUCCGACGCAAAUAGCUAUAAUCAAAGAUCUAAAUCUCUCGGUUUCUGAGUUUUCUCUGUUUGGAUCUUUAUCCAAUGUGGGUGCGAUGGUGGGAGCUAUAGCCAGUGGUCAGAUAGCAGAAUACGUUGGACGCAAAGGGUCGUUGAUGAUUGCUUCAAUUCCCAAUAUAAUAGGGUGGCUCGCCAUUUCUUUUGCCAAAGACUCUUCCUUUUUGUUUAUGGGGAGGUUAUUGGAAGGUUUUGGUGUUGGGAUUAUUUCUUAUGUGGUGCCUGUUUAUAUAGCUGAGAUAGCACCUGAGAACAUGAGAGGUAGCCUUGGAUCAGUGAAUCAGCUCUCUGUUACAAUUGGAAUAAUGCUGGCUUAUCUGUUAGGCCUUUUUGCCAACUGGAGAGUGCUUGCAAUCCUAGGAAUUUUGCCUUGUACAAUAUUAAUACCUGGAUUAUUUUUUAUACCAGAAUCUCCUAGAUGGUUGGCCAAGAUGGGGAUGAUGGAUGAGUUCGAGACUUCGUUGCAAGUGUUGAGAGGAUUUGACACAGAUAUAUCUGUUGAAGUACACGAAAUUAAGAGAGCUGUGGCAUCAACUGGAAAAAGGGCUACAAUCCGAUUUGCAGAUCUCAAGAGGAAAAGAUAUUGGUUCCCUUUAUCGAUUGGAAUUGGAUUACUUGUACUUCAGCAAUUGAGUGGUAUCAAUGGAGUUUUGUUCUAUUCAACUAGCAUCUUUGCAAAUGCAGGAAUCUCAUCCAGCAAUAUUGCUACCGUUGGACUUGGAGCUAUUCAGGUCAUAGCUACUGGAAUCGCUACUUGGUUGGUGGACAAAAGUGGGCGGAGGGUGCUCCUAAUAAUAUCCUCAUCUUUAAUGACAGCUAGCCUUCUCGUUGUUUCUGUAGCAUUUUAUCUGGAGGAAUUUGUAUCAAAGGAUUCACACUAUUUCAGCAUUUUGGGAAUAAUAUCUGUUGUUGGCCUUGUGGUUAUGGUAAUUGGUUUCUCUCUAGGACUUGGACCAAUUCCUUGGCUUAUAAUGUCUGAGAUACUUCCAGUGAAUAUAAAGGGCCUUGCUGGAAGUACAGCAACCAUGGCUAAUUGGCUAGUUUCGUGGAUAGUCACAAUGACUGCAAACUUGCUUUUGACUUGGAGUAGUGGAGCGACAUUCACAAUCUACACAGUGGUAGCUGCAUUUACUGUUGUAUUUACGGCGCUAUGGGUGCCUGAGACCAAGGGAAGAACAUUGGAAGAAAUUCAGUUUUCCUUAAGAUAG